AUGUCCCAAUUCGUCCCCCCAGACGACCUCCGCGCCGCCUUCUGCACCGCCCUCUCAAACAUGUACCGCUCAGAGGUCCCUCUCUAUGGUGAUCUUGUUGAGCUGGUCGACGAGGUCAACUCGAAAGUCACCACCGCAUCUCCUGGUCUCUGGGAGGUCGGAGGUAAGCCAUCUAUCACCUACCCUCAUCUCGAGCUGACUCUUGCAGACCGCCUCCGAGUCGAGCGCCAUGGUGCUAUCCGCCUAGGCCGCCCAUGCGAACUCGCCAUGAUCGCUCGUCUCUUCCGCCUCCUCGGGAUGUUUCCCGUGGGUUACUACGACCUUUCCACCUCCGGCGUCCCCGUCCACGCUACAGCGUUCCGCCCUAUCGACCCUGCCUCUCUCGAUAAACAUCCUUUCCGCGUAUUCACCUCUCUCCUCCGGCCUGACCUUAUCCUCGAUGAGGAACUCCGGGAGCAGGUGGAAGAGAUACUCGAUGCGAGGGAUAUCUUCCACCCUGAAGUAAGGGUGCUUAUCGCCAAAGCAGAGCAAGAAGGGGGCGUAAGGCCAGAGGAUAAGGAACAGCUUGUGGAGAAGGCGCUGGAGACCUUCAAAUGGCAUGAAGCGGCGCUGGUGACGCAGGAUGUGUAUGAUAGGAUGAAGAGGACGCACCCGUUGUUGGCGGAUGUUGCGGGGUUCAAGGGGCCUCAUAUCAACCACUUGACGCCGAGGGUUUUGGAUAUCGAUAUGGUUCAGAGGAUGAUGGCUGAGCGAGGGCAAUACUUUAGUAUUCCACCGAAAAAGUAUAUCGAAGGCCCGCCUAAACGUCUUUGUCCUAUCCUCCUUCGUCAAACAUCAUUCCAGGCAUUGACAGAGCCGAUCCACUUUGCUGGUUCAUCACCCGGGGCCAUCAGCAGCGGCUCCCAUCGAGCAAGGUUUGGCGAGAUCGAAUCCCGAGGAUGUGCCCUGACUCCAAAAGGCCACGAACUCUACCAAACCCUCAUGUCCAAAACCGGCGGCCUCACCCCGACUGACGACAACGACAAAUGGCAAUCCCGCCUCUCCUCCAUCUUCUCCGCCUUCCCCGACUCGUGGCACAUCCUCCGCACCCAGCGUCUCGCCUACUUUAGAUACAAAGUCAACCCCCUCCCUUUCAACCCUCCUGAAUGCAUGUCCCUCGACGGGCUUAUUGAGGCGGGGGUGGUGACGUAUGUGCCGAUGGUGUAUGAAGAUUUCUUGCCGGCUUCGGCGGCUGGGAUCUUCCAGAGUAAUUUGGGGGAGCAUGAGCAGUUGACGGGGCAGGGGAAUGGGUCGGCGCAGGGAGAGUUGGAAAAGCAUAUCGGGGCGGGGAUUGUAGAUUACUGUGAUUUGUAUGAGAAGGCGGAGAGGGAUAGUUUGGAAGAGGUGAAGAGGCUGACGGGAUUUAGAUUGGAGUGA